AUGACUCUACUAGCGUUCAUCUUCCUGCUUACCUUCCUCUCAGCUGAAUCUGCAAGCAGCAGAUACCUCCCCAAGGCAGCAAGUAACCCUGUGUUCGGACCACGGCAGGUAUACGGUCUGCUCAACGGGUCAGUCACCGUGAAAUGCUUCUACCCUCCCACCAAAGUCAACAGACAUGACAGAAAGUAUUGGUGCAGGGAAUCGUCCACGAGCUGCAUAACCGUUGUGUCCACCAGUGGCUAUGUUGCUCCAGGCUACCAAGGCAGAGUCUCCAUCACUGACUACCCAGUGGCACAGAACUUCCAGAUUAACAUCUCCAACCUGGCAAUGGCAGAUACAGGCACCUACCAGUGCGGCAUUGGUAUCAAUGGCAGAGGGCUCUCCCACAAAGUCAGUCUGGAUGUUUCUCAAGGUCCACACGUACCCGAGGGAGCUGAGCUCUUCUACGUGAAGCUGCACAGCACUUUGACCAUGUCCUGCGGCUUCGGGGAGGACACUGUGAGCAUGAGGAAAUUCUUGUGCAAGAUGUAUAAAAACGGCUGCUAUAACAUCAUCGAUAGCUAUGGGAAGGUUGAUGAGGAUUACACAGGGCGAGUUCUGCUGAGCAACGAGGAGCCUCCAGGCUCAUUCAGCAUCGUGAUAACUCAGAUGAGCUGGGAAGACUCGGGCUUGUACCUGUGUGGGGUCGGCUCCUACGGGGAGCACGGAGAAACGAAGGAACUGGACGUGCAUGUCUAUGAGGAGACAAAUGUUCCUCAAGGAAAGCCCACAAUAAUUGGAGUAAAAGGAAGUUCAGUAACUUUUGUAUGUAACUAUGAGACUCUAAAAAAGUCCUCAGUGAAGUACUGGUGCAAGUGGAGAGAGAACGGGUGUGCUCGGAUCAUAGACAACACAGGGUAUGUGUCGGCCUUGUAUGAAGGAAGAGUGGCCAUGUACGACAGCCCAGAUAACAAGACGAUCACCAUCAUCCUGAACCAGCUGAAGGACAGUGACAAAGGCUAUUACUGGUGCAUGACAGACGAGGAGAAGGAACAGCAAUCAUCAACCGAGCUGAAGAUCAUAGACGGAGAGCCUGGACUGAAGGGAAAGAAGGAAGUGGAGGCACAAGUGGGUUCACAGGUCGAUUUAACUUGCUCUUACCCGUGCAAGUACUACUCCUACCAGAAGUACUGGUGCAAGUGGAGCAGCACCAGCUGCACCCCCAUGCCUGCUUCCGACCAAAGGCAUCCGGGGCCAGACGUUACCUGUGACACUGACAACAAGACAGUUAUCCUCAGCUUUGACUCGGUGACAAAGGAAGACCAAGGGUGGUACUGGUGUGGAGUGAAGCACAAUGGCCUCUUCGGGGAAAGCAUGGCAGUGUAUCUGCAGGUGACUGGAGGGAGCGAUGCCGGCCGCAGCCUAGAGCUCCUGAACGUUGAUGCCCCCAGCCACGCCGACAGUGGCUUCAAUCCCCAAGGAAGAGCCUCUAGUGAUGCUGGGGUGCGAAGCGCAGCUGCUUCCGAAAGCUCUCAAACCCAUGGCUCCAAAACACUCACUUCAGUCGUGGUCUCUACUUGUGCCGUGCUCCUGAUCCUCGCAACAGCUUUCGCCAUUUUUAAAUACAGGCAGUUGAAGAGAUCUGACCUGGUGUCCGUCGGGAGCUACAGGACAAACAUCAGCAUGUCAGACUUCGAAAGCGUGAAGGAGUACGGCGCAAGCAAUAACGCCUGCGUGAAAGAGAGCCAGGAGACUCAGAUAGGAGGGGACGAGUUCGUCACCACCGCAGCCCCCCAAGAAAGCGCUGCCGAGAUAAAGGCGGCAAAAAGGAGCUCCAAGGAGGAUGCUGACCUCGCCUACUCCACCUUCCUCCUCACCUCCAGCAGCAUCGCGCAGGGCAGCUCCGGAGGGGACAGCGCUGCCCCGGACGUGUCCUCCCCGAACUGGGAGGGCCAGAUCUGA